CUAGUGGAUGAAGUCACAAGUUUGAUAACAUGCCAAGAAGAUUUUUUUGGUUAAUUAUUUCAAGCAAAUAAUGUCUGAAGGGAAUCAGAACUUUUGUCAAAAUUUGAUCAGGAGACGACUGCAAUAUGGGGCUGCAAUCACAGCAUGUCUGGGUGGUUUUUGCUUGGGUUGCUGUCUCGGAUGGAAUUCUCCAUGUUCCGAAUUACUGAAACAGAAAUAUGAUUUUCCAACCUACCAGAGAAAUCUUAUCGGUGCUGCCUUGCCCCUAGGAUGUCUUUUGGGAGUGAUGAUCGUGCCCUUUCUGGUUGAUAGGAUUGGACGAAAAAAUACCAUGUUGGCCGCGAUUCCACCAUUUUUUUUUGGCUGGCUUUUAAUUAUAUUUGCCUCAUCUCAUGUGUCUUUGUAUAUAGUUGGCAGAUAUAUCACUGGAUUUUUUAGUGGCAUGUACUGUGUUGUCACUCCGAUUUAUUGUGCAGAAAUCAGUGAAAAAGAAAUUCGAGAUUCACUGGGUGUAUUCUUUCAAUUGCUCCUCGUAAUUGGCAUUCUCUAUGCUUUUUGUACCGGAUAUAUUAAAGAUGUUGUGUGGAUUUCGAUUCUGAAUGGAGUUACUCCCUUGGUUUUUGGAGUAAUCAUGUUAUUCAUGCCCGAGAGUCCUUUUUAUUACAUCAUGAAAGAAAGAGGAGAGGACGCUCAAAAAGCCUUGCAAAAGUUUCGAGGAAAGGAUCACGACUGUGAAGCUGAAAUUCAAGAAUUCCAAAAUGUCGUGGCUUUAGAUAAAGCAGAAGCUUUGAGUUUCAAGUACAUGUUCAAAAAGUCCUUAAGGAAAGUGCUUUGCGUUGCUUACGGUUUGAUGAUAGCACAACAGUUAUCUGGAAUCAAUGCCAUCAUUUUUUAUGGUGUUACCAUUUUUGAGGCUACUGGUACUGAAAUGGAUUCUCUGACACAGAAUGUCUGUGUGGGAGUGGUACAAGUCAUAUCUUGUACUUUUGCUGCUGGAAUCGUCGACAAGGUGGGUAGAAAGUCUUUGAUGGUCGUUUCAGAAAUUGUGAUGUGUGUAUGUCUCGUCGCAUUGGGAAUAUUUUUUUCUGUACAAAAACAUAACCCUGAUAUGUUGGAAAAACUCGACUGGCUUCCACUCUCUUCGUGUUGCAUUUACAUAGGAGCAUUUUGCAUUGGAGCAGGUCCCAUUCCAUGGUCAUAUAUGGGUGAAAUUUUUCCAACGAAGAUAAAGGGAACAGCAUCUUCGAGUGCAGCACUUCUCAAUUGGAUUCUGGCCUUCGUGGUUACGAUUUCAUUUGAAAGUAUCGCUGAGGCAAUUGGAAAUGAUGUGAUAAUUUAUAUAUUUGCAAUUAUCUGUGCUCUAAGUGCAGUCUUUUUAUUAUUUUCAAUGGUGGAGACCAAAGGAAAGACUUUCAGUGAAAUUCAGGAAGCUUUUGGUAUCAUGGAAAACUAGAAAUAACACUCCUUUGUUCCUCUUUAAGCGAAGAAAAUUGUUGUAUUGUAUUGAGAAGUUU